GGCCCGAGCGUUCAGGAGUUUGCUUUCAUCGGCGUUUUGGUACGGACCUUCGAGCCACUCUGUUCCGGAAACACGCUUUCAAAACACGCUUUUCUUUCAUAACCUUAUUCCGCAAAAAUAAAACGCUAAAAAUAGAGACAAAUAAACAAUACAUGCCCCCUCUGUAAAUAAAAGCUGAGUUAUUUUUAUAUUGCAGCAACUAUUUGUGUGAAUGUUAUGGAUUUGUGACUUAGUGAGUGAAUUUUGACUGAUUACUUACAUAAAUUUUCCGUUGCUGCUUUUUGGAAGGAAGGGAUGACUGGUGCAGCAAGCACAAUGAUUCACGUCACCCCUACCCAUACGAAGAGAUAACCAUUCAGACCAACACAUAAUGGAAGACAACAAAAUCACGUUUUUAGUCGACUCGGUAUAAUUUCGUGAUCGGCGCGGUGCGGUUGUUAGAAGGAAGUUGGAUAUCCAUGUCGAUGGGAUAUAAAUCUUGUGGUCGCGGAGGUAAAAUCUUUUAGGACAAUUGUGUUAUGAGUGAUUUCGACUGCAAUUCUACUACUCGAUAUGAGUCGGCAAUUGGUUCAACUCUUCCAAUUAAAUAAAUAUGCGAAUUCUAGUUGAAAGCUGCAGUUUGUGCAUGCAUUGAUUCGGAAAAUUUUACGCCGAAAUUUAAAAUUACUCCUUUUUUUCACAUUGUGAAAUAUCAGAUAUAACUGAUUUUGCAUUUCGCUGAAAGUAAGCUGAUUGAGUGAUCACCAACGACUUUCCUACCAAUCAGUUAAUUUUAUCACAGAGUCCGUACGCGUUGCACAUUUCUUGUGAUAAGUGAACUUAAGGAAAAAUAUCAGUGCCAAAGCAAACUUACAGUAUUAGUAAAAACUUUAAACGGAGUUAUUUUGAACUAAAAUAUGAAAGUGCUGUGAAUCGCGAGGAGGUAAAAUGCCGUCAAAAAGACAGUACGACUUGGUGCAGAAUGAUGAAUAUGAUACGAGGAUACCACUCCAUCCUGAGGAAGCAUUCCAUCAUGGCAUAACUUUCCAAGCUAAAUUUAUUGGUAUGUUGGAUGUGCCAAGACCGACCAGUAGAGUGGAAAUUGUUGCUGCCAUGCGUCGAAUACGGUACGAGUUUAAAGCCAAAGGCAUCAAAAAGAAAAAGGUGACCGUUGAAGUAUCAAUUGAGGGCGUGAAAGUCACACUUAGGAAAAAGAAGAAGAGGAAACAUUGGACGGAUGACAAAUCCAUGCUUCUCCACCAUCCGAUCUAUCGGAUAUUCUACGUUUCGCACGACUCCCAGGACCUUAAAAUAUUUAGUUAUAUUGCCAGAGAUGGUGCUUCCAAUGUGUUCAAGUGUGCGGUAUUUAAAGCUCAUAAAAAGAGUCAAGCGAUGCGAGUUGUCCGGACUGUUGGACAAGCGUUCGAAGUGUGCCAUAAAUUGUCGAUAGGAGCGCCAGAAGACAAUUUCGACGAUGAACAGGACACGACCUUAACACAAGACUUACUCAGUGAUCGGCUUAGUGAUGUAGCUAGUGAUAAACCCAAAAAAGAUAUAACAUUGGAAGGUGCCAACAGUGACAAGAAUUCCUUACCUCCUGACGAAUCUAGUCUCAAAGAUUCUUAUCUCGAGAACAGUAUUAAAAUUAGUAAACUUCCUGCUCAUUUAGACAUAUUGCCACCGCCACCCUCAAAUGCUAGUAGUCCGAGGAAAUCACCACUGCAAGCUGAAACUUAUGCAUCCCCUAACAGUGACGGUUUCGGAUCAAAUUCGAAUUCUACCACCGCCAAUCUUUCACUACCACCUCCAGGUGGUGCUUUAUCUGCUCAUCAUGAAAUUCAGCUUCUACGCGAGCAGCUGGAGCAACAGCGACAGCAGACUCAAGCUUCUGUGGCUCAGCUGCAACUGGCCAGGGAACAGAUGCAGGCAGAACAGACUGCAAGGAUGGAAGCUCAAGCUCGAACCCAUCAACUGUUGGUGCAUAACCGGGAGCUUCUGGACCACAUUGCAGCUCUGGUCGCCCAUCUUCAAGGAGGUGACAAGCCCGAACAGCAGUCUAGUCCUCCUCAUAUGACUAUGCCUCAGCAACCUCAAGAUAAUCAGCCCGACCAAAUUCCUCAACUAGAUCCAAAUUUAGUGAUGCAAGCCUUGGGGCUGGCAGCUCCCGGAGUAUUUGAGAAUAGAACAGCUACAACAGCACAGUCACCUUUAAGAACCACAUUCAAUCCCGGAGGUGGUGGAAUGUUUAACUUUAACUAUCCUCCAAAUGCCAUCGAUGCUAGUUUUGAAAAUCAGUUGCUUCAAAGGUUGCAAGCUUUAGGGGCGUAUCAACCGGUAGCUCCUCAGUAUCAGUAUGGUUACCCGCAAGCUAUGCCCUUCAUGAAUCAGGGCAUGUAUAAUCCGGCAUUGAUGAAUAACAAUUUUGGCGUGCCCUACGCGACUUUGUCCAGAGGUUUAGGAAAUAUUGAGAACAGACUGAAUUCGUCCAGACACAGUGAGCCAAGGCAAAUUCCGUCAAUGUUCCAGACAUAUGGGGCUGCAGAAUCCGGGCAAAAAGAUAGCCAGGAUCAGUACGCAAAAUUCAGCCAACAAAGUCCGGAUGCGCAAUACGCACAGGGAAAUUUUACACCUGUGAAAAGUCCCAGUGGAGUUCAACUAUCAGUUCCAACCCUUCAACGCAGACACUCUACAUUGAACCUAGCGCAAGACUGUUCAGCUACGGGUAAUGCACGCCUUCAAAUUGGAUCUCAGCGACAAUCUACCUCCAGUCCUCAACAUACAGAAUCUGCUGAACCUAGUAAUGUUCACUUCAUCAAGCCUUUGUCUCAAGUGGGGACAUUAACGACAACUGAUGCAGAAGGGCGCGUGAGGGUUAUUGUUCCAGUUCCUUCCAAUUCUGAGGACACAGACCGACUGUCGAAUCUGAGAAUCAGUGACGAACUGAGACUGAUGAACGGACCGGGAAUAUCUAGAUCAGCUAGCGAGAGAGUGCCCAAUAGAAGUGAGCUUUUAUCACAAGUUCAAAGAACAAUGUGGGCUAGGCAUACGACUAAAUAAACUUGCUCGAACUGGCAAUCA